ACAAAACAAAACACCCUCCUUCUCUCUCCCUCCCUGACACUUCUGUUGAUUUCCCCCGUCUCUCUCAGCUCAAUCGGGAUCUCCCCAAAUGGCAGCGAUGACAACCUCCUCCUCCGCCAACAUUAACAACAACUCCUGCGGCGUCGGCUUCUUCAACUUCCGCUCCAACUCCACCACCAGAGCAGCCCGCACCCUCGCCUCUUGCAGCAAGCUCGACGGCGUCGCCAUGUGGCUCGUCAACGGCGUCGCCGCCGCCUUCUUCGCUUCCCUGGACACCUGCUCCUGCAUCCGGAUCGCCACCGUCGACGACGCCGAAGACGGGAACGACGCCCCUCUCAUUCUCGACGACGGCAACGUCAACCGCUCCCCCUAUGCCGCUGGUGGCAGCAGCAGGAGGAGGAGAACGACCAAAGGCAAGAAGCGGCAGGCUACUAUGUUAUACGGAGGUUUCUGAUUUAUUUAUUCAAAAGAAUUUUAUUUGACGAAAAUAUGCGAGAGACCAUUUCUUGUUUUUGUUUUACUUUUUGGGGGGAUUGUGAUCGACGAGCAGAAUUCUGGCAAAAAGAUGAACAUAAUUCAUGCAACGAUCCGUAUAAAUUAAGCUGCUUUCUCCAUGAUCUGAAUUCUUAAUUAAUGCAGUUUUGGAAC